AAUGCACGGUGUCAAGCUUUUGUUACUUUGUGACAAAUGGAGGGUCCUUAGUUCUGUUUCUCUUUCUUCUCUUCCUCUGUUUCUCUUUCUUCUCUUCCCUUUCUGCUCUCUACUCACUCUUCUUCUUCACACUUCUGAUCCAUUGAUUCUUCAGGGUAUUCAAAAUUGGGAGUUUUUUGUUUGAAUUGUGAUGUCUCAGCCACUGCUAGACAUAGGGGAUGAGGAAGGUGAAAGCAAUGUCACUUUGUUGGUUUCUUCUUCAGCCACCAUGGAAAGUGUGUGCCUGAAUGGUUCAAAAUUGAAAGAGCGCAACUACAUGGGGUUAUCUGAUUGUUCAUCAGUGGACAGCUCCAUCCCGUCCUUCUCAGAUGAGAGUAAAAGUAAUCUGAACCUUAAAGCAACUGAGCUCAGACUUGGGCUUCCAGGAUCACAGUCUCCUGAACGCGAUUCGGAUCUUUGCUUUAGAAGUUCAACUCAAUUUGAUGAAAAGCCACUGUUUCCUUUGCAUCCUGCAACCGAUGAUCAUCAUUCCUCCUCAAAGCCUGCUGUUUUGGGGAACAAAAGAGGAUUCUCAGAUGCCAUGAAUGGAUUCUCAGAGGCGAAAUUGCUUGUUAAUUCUGAGGUCAGCACUAAAUUGUCACCCAGGCCUUCUAAUGUGGGGUUGAAACCGAGUUCUAUGCUUGAUAAUGUUGGAACACAGCAAGCCAAAGCCAAAGAAAUAGCAACAACAAAUGUUGGUCUUGAGAGUCCUCAUGCUGUCAAUGAAAGCAGACCAAGUCUUAAUGGUUCUGCUAAUAAUAACAGCAGUGCACCAGCUAGCAAGGCACAGGUUGUUGGUUGGCCUCCUAUAAGAUCAUUUAGGAAAAACUCAUUGGCUACUACUUCAAAGAAUGUUCAAGAAGUAGAUGGAACAGCCAGGUCUGGUGUUCUCUUUGUGAAGGUCAGUAUGGAUGGGGCUCCAUAUUUAAGAAAAGUAGACCUGAAGAAUUACUCUGCAUAUGCAGAACUAUCUUCUGCUCUGGAAAAGAUGUUCAGUUGUUUUACCAUAGGUCAAUGUGGAUCUCAUGGAAAUCUUGGAAGGGAGAUGCUGAAUGAAACCAAGCUGAAGGAUCUGCUUCAUGGAUCAGAAAAUGUUCUUACAUACCAGGAUAAAGAUGGUGACUGGAUGCUCGUGGGUGAUGUUCCCUGGGAGAUGUUUAUUGAUACAUGCAGGAGGCUAAGGAUCAUGAAGAGCUCCGAUGCCAUUGGUCUAGCACCAAGAGCUGUUGAAAAAAGUAAAAGCAGGAACUAGGCAAUGUCAAGCAUCACUCAUCACCCUAUCCAUCUAACUACUUGUGGGGUUAAAAAGCUUUCUAGGCUAUGUGGGGGAGCAAACCAAGGCCAUAAUGGCUUGGAAGCAGUACUUAAAGCAUGUUGGAAUGGAUAGAAUUUCAUGCUAUGAUGGCUUAAUCAUGAUAUUAUUUACUACCUAUGUGUUUUGUUGUCUUGACAUUUAUAUUCACUAAGCUUUUUUCAUGAUUGUCACAACUUAUAAAAAACUCCAAGACCUGUCUGUGGGAGGUUCUUAUAUUCUGUGCUCUCAUGUUCCUGAUGUGGU